CUCUAUUUGCGCCUUUGAAUACAACCUCCGUACUUCUGCGGUCAUGAAGCAGCAAAUCGCCCUCGUUGCUGCUUUUUUGCUCGGCUCAUUUGCAGAUCAAAAUAGCAACAACAUCGCUGCUGUCGAUCAUUCCGGGGACAUCAAGUAUCUAGGUAUCGAGAGAAAUGGUGUUGAAGUCUUUCUGAAUAUACCCUAUGGACAAGAUACCGGUGGGGAGAAUCGCUUCAAGCCUCCACGCCCGUUUGUGCCCGAGCCAGGUUCAAUAUUCAACGCCACUGCUGCAGGACCAGCGUGUCCCCAAAGCUUAGGACAAUGGUUCCCGCCCGUGACCUUGAACAACAUCACCGAAAUAUCGGAGAACUGCUUGAGCCUCAAUAUUGCUAGGCCCAAACCGAGUGACCGAAAUGGUUGCAAACCAUUGCCUGUAAUGGUCUGGAUUCACGGUGGCAGCUUUUGGGUGGGAAGUAACACGGAGCCUACGCACCAGCCAGAUGGCCUCAUUUUGCAGUCAGUGCAGGCUAAGAACCCCGUGAUACAUGUAGCCAUCAACUACCGACUUGGAUUCUUCGGUUUCGCGAAAUCAGAUGCUCUACAAGAUGAGGGUAGCACGAAUGCUGGUCUUCGCGACCAAAGACUUGCCAUUGAAUGGGUCAGAGAGAAUAUAGCUCAUUUUGGAGGAGACCCAGAGAAUAUUACAAUUUUCGGACAGUCAUCUGGCGGACUCGCCGUUGGAAUGCAGCUUCUUGCGUAUGGUGGUACAAAGCCUCUACCUUUUCGACGUGGUAUCUGCCAGUCCCAAGCCCUCGAACCAGGAAUUACCGGAAAUUUCACCAGUGAUGCGAUGGCCAAUCUGGUGGAAUACAUAGGCUGCGGGAACAAGUCGACUGUCAAUUCUGCAUUAACCAUAUCUUGUCUCCGUGGUCUAGACACCCAGACGCUCUUCAAUGCCUCCUUUGAUACAUACGUUGGCGACAUCGCACACAACAUCGGUGACGUAUGGCUUCCCACGGUCGACGGCGAUUUCAUUCCAGACACACCCAGUAAAUUGAUCAAAGAAGGCCGAUUUGGACAAACAUAUUCCGGCGAAAAUGUAACGUACAUGUUCGGUUGGGCAGAUGGCGAUGUUAACUUCUACACCGACUAUGCCAUUGCCACGGCAAAUGAUACAGAGAACUUCAUUAGCACUUACAUAUCGAAUGUUCCAGAGGAAGAUCUGAGUACCCUUUAUGACCUGUAUCCUGUCUCAGAGUUCGAACCUCCCACAGGUACAAAUCUUACGGCAGAGUUCUAUCGUUCGGCACGCAUCUUUCGAGACAUUCUCAUGGUUUGCGAGCCACUGUUCCUUGCCGAGCACUUUGUAAAGUUCGGAGGCGAGGCGUAUAUGUAUGAUUUCAACCAAACUGUGCUGGAGUCCGUCGUCGAGGCCACAUACAACAUCUCGAAGAUAGGCGUCAUUCACACUUCAGAGUUUGCGUACAUCUAUGGCAAUCUUUCUCACUACGAGGGCGCCGUCACCACCGAGUCCGAUGAGUUGCUCCUCCAACGUGCGAGUCGUUCGUGGAGUGGCUUCGCAAAUGGAGACCCUUCCGAAGGAUUUGGAGCAUUACAAGGCUGGCAGCAGGCUUUCGACACAGAGGGAAAUGUGAACAUUUUCGUUGUUGGUGGAGAGAAUGAAGGCCUCACCUCCAUCGAUGGGCCGAAAAGUACAGAUGCUAUGAAAGCCCAGAAGCUAAGAGAACGGUGUGGACUGAUAAACAGUGAUGAUUGGAUCAAGUGGCUACAAUACUAAGAGCGAUAAUUAUUGAAGCUGCAUCUUUUUGAAGUGUCUUUGGCCCAGCAUAAAGAGACGGAGAACAUGUCAUAAAGCGAUGGGGGUUAUUCUAGCCUAAGCAUUAUACAAGCCAGGAAAGAUAUUAUCAACUCAACCAGCGAAUUGGUAUGUGGCGGUGGAAAGUAUUGAUAUCACUCUAAUCAUCUUGCAUAUUAUUUAACUGUUUGCGUUUGAUGUUC